AAUGGACAUGCAAAGAUAAUUGGUUAGGGUGAAAAUGAGUUGGGCGUGCGAGAAACACUAUGGCGCUAAAAGAAAUUGAGACUCUCAAAGUAUAAUCCUAUUUGGGCCGGGCCGGGCCAAAGCCCAUGAGAAAAGAGAAAAGGAAAAAGAAAUGAAGAAGUGCCAGCUGACUGAGAAAAAAAAAUGAAAAAGUGUUUGUGUUUGAUAAAAAUGAUUUCAGACACCGACUGUAUGGAACAUUCCACCGCGGUCACUACCGGCGGCGGAGAAAAAACCUCCGCAUAUUCCGAUAAAGAUCACCCCACACCUUCGGCAGCUCGAAAUAUUGUGAUGUCUUCAAGAGAUAACGAUUCUCACUUCAGCGGUGGUGGCAUCAGCUUUCUAUCUGGAAGUCGAAAUGGAAAGAUCAGCUAUGGUUAUUCUAGUAUCAAGGGUAAAAGAUCUUCAAUGGAGGAUUUCUUUGAGACCAAAAUAUCAGAGGUUGAUGGUCAGAUGGUUGCCUUUUUUGGUGUUUUUGAUGGUCAUGGAGGAUCACGGACUGCAGAAUACCUGAAACAUAAUUUAUUCAAGAACUUGAGUAGCCAUCCCGACUUUAUCAGAGACACAAAGACAGCUAUUGUUGAAGCAUUUAAACAAACAGACGUUGAUUACCUCAAUGAGGAAAAGGGACAUCGAAGGGAUGCUGGGUCCACUGCAUCAACAGCUUUGUUGUUGGGCGACCGAAUUCUUGUUGCCAAUGUUGGUGAUUCCCGAGUAGUUGCAUCUAGAGCUGGUUUAGCUGUUCCUUUAUCUGUUGAUCACAAACCUGAUAGAUCUGAUGAGCGUCAAAGGAUUGAACGGGCUGGGGGAUUUGUUAUCUGGGCAGGAACAUGGAGGGUUGGUGGUGUUCUUGCUGUUUCCCGUGCAUUUGGAGACAAGCUUCUUAAGCCGUAUGUUGUUGCUGACCCAGAAAUUCAGGAGGAAGAUGUUGAAGGAGUGGAUUUUAUAAUAGUUGCAAGUGAUGGUCUUUGGAAUGUCAUAUCAAACAAGGAGGCCGUGUCUUUGGUACAAAAUAUCACUGAUGCAGAAGUGGCAUCUAAAGAACUUAUUAAAGAAGCUUAUACUCGAGGAAGCUCAGACAACAUCACUUGUGUUGUUGUUCGAUUUGAUCCAUCUUGAUGUAGCUCUAUCUAUCUAUGACCAUGUAGGUGGUAUAUGUCAUUUCUGACAGCUGAAAUAGAAAUGAUCAAAAUGGUUGUGUAAAGGGUUACCUUAUUUUCAAAUGAAUAUUAGUACUUAAUUUUAAUUAUGAUAGAUAACUCCUAGCUGGAAAAAGGAAAUACCUGUAGAUGCAAUUUGGUUUUACCCUUGAAGACUCCAUAUUUCGGAUCCAGCUAGUUAUUUUGAUUUGUGACCCUUUGAACAGUUAAAUUACAUGGUUUUCUUUUCUCCAUUGA